AGCCAGUGGCGCGCGCCGACUCAUCCUUCACGGGGAACGCGCUUUCAUGGCACGAGCGCGCGCGAAGCGGUGUGCAGAUGUGUCGCAGAUUUUGUAAAGUCACUGGACGCGUGCUGAGGAGGUCGCUCCAGAUAAACCGGCCUCUGAAAGUGGGAGCAAACCGAAGCGGCGACAGAGAAGAGGGGAGGACGGAGCCGAGGCACGCGCCCUCAGUAGCAGUUUACCGUUAGCUUAGUUUGUGAGGGAGAAGGACGUUAGUUUGACAGUUAAAUCCCCACGGAGGAUUGGUGCGCACAAGCGAUGGAGCUCUCUGCAAUUGGAGAGCAAGUGUUUGCUGUGGAAUCAAUUCUGAAGAAAAGACUUCGAAAGGGUAAUGUGGAGUACCUGCUGAAGUGGAAAGGAUGGCCUCCAAAGUACAGCACCUGGGAACCUGAGGAGCAUAUCCUGGACCGGCGCCUGGUGCAGGCGUUCGAGGACAAAGAAGAGAGAGACAGAGUCAUUGGCCACAGGAGGAAAGGGUCCAAGUCAAAACGACUCCUGCUGCAGAACACCGUUUACACCAUGGAUCUCCGCAGCGCUCACAAGAUUCCCGCCAAGCCUCCCCCUCGCCUGCGUCUCUCUCUGACGCGCUCCCUGGUUCCUGACGAUGAGGAGGAUGAGGAUGAGGAUGAGGAUGAGGAAGACGCCUGCGUUCCUUCUCGAAGGCAAGCAACGCAUCGAAAGAGCAAGCAGAGCAGACGACUUAGCUUAAACCUCCAGAGACCCUCACAAGAGGCCUGGGAGGAGGAGGAGGAAGAUGAGGAAGAGGAGGAGGAGGAAGAAGAAGAAGAGGAGGAAGAGGAGAAGAACAGCGCAGAGGAUAGUGAACACCUCUCCCAACCAAAAACAACCAAUCACAGCCAGAAGGAGAAAGAGGAGGCUAAGAUGGGAGAAGGUGUUUUUAACGGACACAGGGGCCUAGAUAACUGGAGCACAGCAGUGGGGUCAGGCGGCGUGGACACGUCAGACAAACUGUGGCGACCCCUGGUGUGCCCAGGAGAGGUGACGGUCACAGACGUCACCCUCAACGCCCUUACAGUGACCUUCAGGGAGUCCAGAGCAGCCAGAGGAUUCUUCCAGGACUGGGGCCUGGAGGUGUGGGAGCAGGUUGGUGAUGGGGCCCCUCGGAGCUGCUGGAGGCACUGACUCUGACACGCUGCUGGAGCCGCUUGGUUUAUAUGCACAGAGUCAGCAGUGCCUUACAAAAGUAUUCACACCCCUUGCACUUGCCACUUUUCGUCAUGUCACAACUGUAGACGACACUGUGUAAUAUUUGGAUUUAAUGAGACAGACCAACACACAGGGUAGACAUAGAAAAUCAAAAGACAAUCAGGUCUGGUUAUCAACAUUUUUUACAAUUAAAAGUCUAAAUCUUAGUGUGGCAUCCAUUUUGAAUUCACUACAACACCCCUAACAGUGUUGCCAGAUUAGACGGGUUUUCUUUUUUGGGGCUGUAAAAAGCAGCUUGGGGCGGGCUGUUAAAGUCUGAGCUGCUUCGCGGAACAUUUGGCGGGUUUUUAGAAAGUGUUCAGAGGAAAACUCUACAAACAUUGUCGUCAGUGUGCAGCAGAAAAGCACAAGACUUAAAGAAAUGCUGUGUCCGCACUUUCAUUUUGUCAGUUCAUUUAUUAUGAAACGUAACAUCACAUCAUAAUAUAUGAUGCAGGUUCUGGUAGAAAACGCUUUCCAGAUUUCAACAAGUAAGAGUGUUGAAACCAUGAUUUACUUUUCCCUUCACAAUUAUGCUCCACCCUGUGUUGGUCUCUCUUGUAAAAUUGUAAUAAAGCACAAGAGUUAUGGUUUAAACAUGACCAAAAGCUGGAAAUCUUCAAAAUGUAUGAAUAUUUUUGCAAUGUAUGGUUGAUCUGGUCACUUUAAGUGGAAUACAUCGGAGUUCUUCUAGCUGACAGGAAGGAAAUGACACAAGCAAAGACAGCUGAUUGCAGCUGGUGAUUGGCUUAAAGGUUUUCUUCAUUCCAGUGAAUCAUAACACGUAAAAAAAAAACAUUUUAAAUAACACA